CUUUGCACGCUGAUAUAGUCCAACCUAAGGCCUAGUGAUCGGCUUUCACUUUUAUAUGAUCAUCAAUAAAUGGCAUUAAUCUCUCACUCUUCUCAUCUUCUUCUCUUCUCUCUCCUCCUCUUUGUUUCUCUCUCUUCCCCGAUCCUUGCAAGAGGUCAUGUAAUUAACACGAGCCAUUUCCAUAGACCAGACCCUUUGAGGGGAUUCAAGCUGUAUGAGGGAGGUUACGACGUCAGAAACAAGCAUUAUUGGGCGUCGGCAGCGUUCGAGGGCGUGUAUGGGUUUGGAAUGGCGGGGAUCUGCAUGAUUGGGGGGUUUAUAGUUAUUGGGUCUUAUCCUGUUUGGAGGAAGAAAAGUGUUCGAUCGUCGCCCCGGCGCAGUUUGAUGCUGGUUCUGGUUGUUCUCGUGUUCAUCCUGCUAAUGAUAGUUUCUUCAGGUGUCGUCCUUGUUGCAUGCCAUAACUUCCGCCAUCGUGCAAACAAGCUGGAAAAGACAUUAAUGGGGGCAGGCGGAGCCACUUGCCAUGCCCUCCGAAGAGUCAUGCGUGCCAUGGACCAGAUACAUGUGCUCUUGUGCCCGUACAAUGACCCCCCGUGCACUCUCCUUGGCUCAUCAAGAAGGGAGCUUAGAAGGAAAUUAGUAGACAUUCGAAUGGUCAUGCGAACUGCUGGUCACUUGUUUCAUGAUGCUCUACAACUCUUAUUUGGUGUUACCGUGGGAAUAGUUUGCCUGAGCUUUGCGUUGGUCUCUGCUGCCAUAGCUGUACUAUUGCUUCAUUGGCGCCCUGGACUAAUCAUGGUAAUCUGGAUGUGUUGGGUGCUAACUACUAUAUGCUGGGUGCUUACUGGCUUGGAUUUCUUUCUCCACAUUUACAUCAAGGAUACUUGCUCAGCCUUGGAAGAAUUUGAACAAAAUCCAAGCAACAGCAGUCUCAGCUCACUCUUGCCUUGUCCAACCACUGAAUCUGCAGAUGCUACAAUGUCAGAGCUUAAGCUCUGGAUUCAGAUUUUUGUGACGCAGUUGAACUUCAAUAUAACAAAGUUAGUUAGCAUCGUGGAGCAAGAAUCCGGAGCAUCUAGCAGGCUCAAACCCAAGAUGGUGUGUGAUCCUUUUUCCAACCUACCACAUUACAGCUACAAUGCAAGUGGGUGUAUGAAUAAUGAUUCAAUUAAGGGCAUGCUCAAUGUAUUCAUGAAGAGGAAGCAAGAUUUACCAAAAACAAUCAUAUCAAAUGUUCAGUUUUUUCAGGGUGUCCUUGGUGCUUACUCUGAUUUGAGAAGACUAGUUCAUUGCUCAUUCCUAAAAGAUGCCUUAAAUAAUGCUCUUUAUCAACAGUGUAAACCUUUGAGAGUUUCAACUAAAAUGCUCUUUGUUUCAAUGAUUUGUCUUUCACUUUGUUUGAUGAUUCUCAUAAUUGCUUGGAUGGUAAAGAUGCUAGAUGAAAGAGAAGCAUCAUUACCAGCUAAGUCUACGAAUCUUGAACAAUUAGAACAUAAUCAAUUGUAA